AUGAGCGUUCUGCCGCUGCUGCUGCUGCUGCUGCUGCAGGUGGGCCGCGUGCUGGCGCGGGACCUGAACCAAUACAAGACUUCGUUGCUGAAGAACAUUUUAGAAGAAAACCAAACGGCGCUGCGGCUCUCCGAGCGCGCAGAUGUCAUGGAAACUUUGCUGCUGCGCUACGCAGACAUGGAGCGUUGGGGCCAUUUGCGUCGCGCGGUUUGCGCGGGGCUGCGGGACCUGCCGCUCCCGCCCUUCUUGCCUGCUGCUGCUGCUGCUGCUGCUGCUGCAGCGCCAGCAGCGGCGCCCGCGGGGUCACCCGCGGCGAGGCAGCAGCAGCAGCAACAGCAGCAGCAACAGCAGCAGCAACAGCAGCAGCAGCAGCAGCAGCAGCAACCGCAGCAGCAGCGACCGGGGGACACACAAGGCAGCCCGCAAGGCAGCGCGCAGCACGGGGAAGCCAGGACGGAAGCUCAGGCUGCGGGGGCCACCGAGGCCCAGGCAAAGCCAAGCAACAGCAGCAGCAGCAGCAGCAGCAGCAGUGGCAACAGCAGCGGCAGCAGCAGCGACGGCAGCAAAGACAAAGACACGGCUGCAGCGCUGGAAGCCGUCGCGCAGCAGUUUGCAGAAGCAGCUGGAAAAAGCCAAGGGGGCAGCCCCGAGCAGCAGCUGCAGCAGCAGCGGCAGCUUUUCAAUCAGCAGCCAGAGCCUGCGCCGGAGGAGGGCCCUCCUGUGAGCGAUCUCGCGGAGGCGGCAGAGGAAGCAGCGGCGGCAGCAGCUGCUGCUGCUGCUGCAGACUCUGGCAGCGCAGCAGCAGCAGCACUGAAGCUGUACGAGCAGCAGGAAGGCAUCCUUCCCAAAGAAAAUGCAGCAGUCGCUCCCAGGCCCCCGUUGAGAGGUUUGCUGCGAGGCGUAGAUGCGCCGCGUGGCCUAGAUUCGCCUGCAGCAGCAGCAGCAGCCCCGACUCGCGCGCUGCUUCCCCGGUGCCGUCCUCCGGGGCCGCCUCUGCGUCUGCGUCCGCGUCGCGCCGCAGCAGCAGCAGCAGCAGCAGCGUGGCGUCAGUGAGCGCUGCGGCUUCGCCGCCCACCCCGCCCGCCCCCAGCAGCAGCAGCAGCAGCAGCAGCAGCAGCAGCUUUCUGCUGUGCGGGGGCGCGCUGGGCGUGGGCUACGAGUUCGUCUGCUGCUGCGUCUGCUGGGGCAGCGAAGGCUCCGCUCUCAACCCGCUGCUCUCCUGCGUCCGCUGCCUCUUUUGCUGCCACAAAAACUGCUACGGCGUUGGCCGCCUCGGCGAAGCCCUCGAGCCCGAAGACUGGAUUUGCCGCCGCUGCGAAGUCGACAAGAGGGCCCUCGGCACCCAGUGGAUGGCCGUCUUCAAGCCCAUGCACCCCAAGUGCCUCACACCUUCCACCCCAUGUGCGCCUGGCUCGCCGGCCUCCACUGCGCUGCUGCGCCGCUCCCCGGCCUUUUCCUCGCAGUCCGCGGGGCCCUCGACCACUGCUUCCCCAGACUCAAAGUCACUGUCUUUUGCUUCCGACACACCCCGGAGGCCCCCGGAGUCAGGUCAGUAA